AUGUCUUAAGAAUAGCAAGUGCAAAAAGUGCUUAAGUUUAACGUGCCUGAGGGUAGCUAGAAACCAGGGUCAAAGCAAUUCAGUGAAGAUAAACCUGGAUUAUCAAAAGUUUAGUUAUAAGCUUAGAAGGAUCAAGUGAUGAUGACGAGCAUAACUACAAAGGGCGGCAUUAGAAACAAAAAAGUCAUUACUUUGCUGGAAAAAUAAGUAUAUCCAGAGGUGAGAGCUGGCUUAUCGAUGAUUGAAAAGAAAAAUUCAUCAGCCAGGAGAGCAGCCAUAAAGCUCGAAAAGAUGAAACGAAGACUAGAAAUGGGGUCUGACUUCGAUGAAGACAGUGCAGGGGAGCAUUAUCAUCCUACAGCUAUUCACUCUCCUACUAGGAAAUACAGAGGUGGAGGAGCAGUCAGUCCCACCCCUAAUAGGUAAUACCAAUCAACUCUUGAGGAUCAUGAUGAUGGAGGAAGAGAUGAUGAAGAUGAGUCUAUAGAUGAAUUCGAUUCAGAUGAAGACUAUACAGAGGAUGAAAAUAUGAGUCCUAGCAAUGACAACAGAGGAGAUGAUGAUGAAAGGCAGAUACAUGAGAUAUUCAAUCCUUUUAUGGAGUUCGCAGAUGUUCUUAGGAAAAUCAAAACACAGAGAUAGUAGAAAUGA